GAGUACAACAUCGACGUGGCGGAAGACACCGAAGUGGUCAGGAGUGCUUCAAAAAUCGUUCGCCAUCCUAAAUAUAGUUCACUUACCCUUAAUAAUGACAUUAUGCUGAUCAAGUUGGCAUCCCCAGUGACCUACAGUGCCGAUGUUCAACCCAUAGCUCUGCCCAGCACCUGUGCCACGACAGGCGCUGAGUGCCUGAUUUCAGGGUGGGGAAACACCCUGAGCAAUGGCU